GCGCGCGCAAGUUUCUGUGCCUGUCAUGUUAUAUUGCUCUGUCGCGAUCGCGCGUCUUCGAUUGAUCACACGCCAUAAUUUUCCGAUUCGAUCCACCAACUUUUCUGAAUGAAAAGUCAGUGUUAAGUGCGAAAAUAUACUACAAAGUGUUUUAGUGUUGUGUUCGAGAAAUAUAUUUGGUUGAUAGUUUUCGAAGUAUAAAAAAAUAGUUUUGAAAGUCUGUGCGUCGUUUCAGUGGCUGAAUGUUUUGUAAACAAACGUGAACUAUCAUUCAUUCAGCGUUGCAAGAGUCUCUUCUUUAUAAACGAGAUAGUCAGUAAUGUGCUGACAUGCCGAGCACAGCCGUAUACCAGGAGACCAAGUCCGUCUCACCCGACAAUCACGCCCAUACAUCAUACGAAGAUGCACUGGCUACGGCGGAGCCAGGAGAAACCAUAGCCACAACCAAAGAAGAGGAAUGGGUGACUCGUAAAACAAGCGAGGUGACGACUACGCGGCAGAUCGCGACGCGGGUGAAGCGCGAGCUGGUGCUGGAGGACGGCCGCAUCCUCGUCGACUCCGGGCCAAAGAUAUCUACCUCUGUUAAUGAAGACACGCACACAACUAAUUUUCAACAAACCGAGCAUAGAGUACCCGAAGAUCAAAAAGGGGAAGAAAACGCUGAACUUACCGAAGGAGAUGACGAUCGACAUGUCGAAGCACUCGAGGAUGCACCUGACGGUAUCAUUGCACCAGCCGGCGCAAAAGUUCUUGUGUCAUCUUGCGUGGUCGCCAACCCAGAUGGCAAGGUGCGAGAGAGCAAGGAUCGACGCGUGCUCACCAGAAACAUCACUGAGCGCGUUCGAGAAACUGAGGAGAGAAUACAUCGAGGCGACACUACGCAUGAUGCGCUAAUAGCAGCAGUAAACGAGACGAGUGAAGAAGAUAUUCGAGAUGCUCUGAAGACGCAGACGGAGAACCAGCUGGCUUUGGUGCCGAGGGGACCUACUCUCGUCAAGGACACCGUUGCCUACAACACUACUAUCACUACUGAUGACACGGAGGAGCUACGAGCUUUACGACCGGAUGGAACGAUUGUGACGGAGACCCGGCAUACGAAGGAACAAGAGCGAGUCUGUGACGAGGAACUGUCUAAAGACGAGGCAAAAUCAUUAGCAAGCAACGAAAGCCUGCUGGAAGAAACGGGUGGCACUGAGCGUCGUAAGCGCGUCGACUUAGAGCAGUCCACUGACCACAUGGCGGGGGGCCUGCGGGUCGCGACACAAGUGCACUCGAAGACUCGCACAGAGGAAGUUGAAAGGGAAGGACAACCGAAUAUGGAUGACGAUUGGGAAAGUUUAUCUGUUAGAAUGCGCCGCCAACGCCGUUUGCGACUCAGCGAACAAGAAAAAGACUACACGAAAAGACCAAUCGACUUCGACAUUGAAGAAGAGACUCGUAAGAAAGAAACAUCUAAGUGGCUUGAAAGCCACUUCGGUAGUGAUUCCCGGUCCUCUCAUGACUCCAUCGCUGAAGAGAUAGAACAGCAACCUGUUUCCGGUUAUUAUGUAAAGAGUAAACCUGAGGAUGAAGGUUACUACGGUAAGACAUCCACGUUAGUACCCCCGGCGCCUGUCUAUGGAGAUCGAGUGCUUCGUAAGACAAAAUCGUCAACGCCAUCCGACGAACGACCAGUUGCACCGGUUAAUAGGACAGGAGGGUAUUUUAAGGGUGUUGCGGAUUGGUCGCAGCGUCGUACUAGCAAGCCUAGAAUGCCAGAGCCACGUAGUGCGUCUCCCUCACCACCAGUCGUUCGCUCUCCAUAUGCUAGCAACGACCGGUUAAACGAUUCAUCACCAAGACAUGUUUAUAGCAAACGUGAUUCACCACAAGGUAGAACAUCACCGAUUGUUCGGCGUAAUCCACCUUCGCGUGAUGAUUCUGCCUACGUAUCAUCAUCAACUAUGCAUAGCCCACCACGUGGAUCACCAUUUAGACCGUUAGAAACUGAUCGCUCGUUCCGAGAACCCUCAAUCGAAGACGAUUAUCGGCCACCAGUCGCACCUGAACGAAAACGUCACUCAAAACAGAGAAUUUCAGAAGAUCACCGUUAUGAUAGUGGUUAUAGAAGUUCAUCUAGAAAUGACAAUUCGGGGCGAUCGAGGGACAGUCGCGAAGAAAGUGCCGUGGAGCCACCUCCAGAUUAUUCACCCCCGCGUGACCGUAGAGGUAGUUCUGACAGAGACAGGACACCACCGCGUCGACGUGAUCGAGAUGAACGUAAACAAAAUCAAAAGACACGGUUCGCGGACAACGGAAGGCGUCCAUCACCGGCUAGGAAAUCAGUCGGUUCGGCUAUUGGUAACUCGAUUAGGAAGCUUGUAGGGAAGAUACGCUCAGCGUCAGCGGAACGGCGGUCCCGCUGGCGCCACUCACGAUCGCCAUCGCCGGAGCAUUCCUCGCGCACGUACAAACAGUACGGCGGUGAAAUAGCGCCCCCCAACGCCCCUCCACACCGCUACUACCUCGGAGAGGACCCUUUCGCGCCCAGCAUCUACGGCCGAGAGCACAAGUACGAGGGCAGUCCGAGACGAGCCGCAGCUGUUGACAGCCGCGACCACCGUGAAAGGGGCCAGUAUUCGAGUACACUCGGUCGCUACAGUCACUCCACGAGUAGAUUGAAUCCUAAUGGCGUAACUGACGAAGACUACACUCGCAGUGCACAAACGUUGCCGCGGAAAUUACACGAUCGUAAAGAGAAAACCACCGAGAAGCCCAGCUCCAGUAAAUACUGGCAACGCCUCACGUCUAACAAACGAUCUACUAGUGCCAUUAAUAUACCGAACAACGUUUCAUCGUCACCAGAAGGAAAAAUAAACGGUUAUCCACCCGGUCCGGCUAAGCCAGCGCGGACCUACAAAGGUCUGAAUAGAAGUAAGAGUUUUGCUAUGGGAGCACCCGAACAGGAGACUCAUCCACGUUACGUCACAGGAAUGAGCAGAAACUAUUCAACUAUGUAUAAAUCCAACCCUCAUUUGAGCCGACUUGAUGAAACACCGGAGCAGCUUAAGAGCCCAGGAAUCGUGUCGAUAAUUAAUCGCAGUCAACGUGAUCUAGCAGAUGCGGUCUCUCGCGAAACCGAGCGUAGACGUGAUGGACUGUUUGGCGCGCGGUACGGCAAGACGACACCGAUAACUAAUGGCCACACCAACGGAUAUAAUAAAUCAUACGAUGAAACAGAUAAAAAGAAGAUAUUCCUUAAAGGCCUCCGCGAAAGAGCCCCUGAAUUGUAUCAAACGUUACACGCGGACGACGAGUCCGAUGGUAGUAGAUUAUCUUCGAGAUAUGGCACCCCGUCGCCACUUCACAAAGAACGGAUAUCAGAGGAGCGGAAAAUACCAUUGUAUAAAACUGAAUCACUGAACAGGGAAACGAGUCCAUUCGUAUCGCGUUUAGAAACACGAAUAAAGUCGCCAGUGAAUCGACGGGAAAGUAAUAGUAGUGAUAAUUUUUCAGAAACUUAUCGGUACACUACGCGUUCGGGCGACCCGGACCGGCCUAGCGUCACAGAUACCGUUGAAACAGUCACUAAAAAGGUUAUACCCUCUAGAGACGGUCGCUCGAAGGAGAUUAUCGAGUCUAGAGAAGUGAACUCGGUGACAAAGAGUCGGGGAUACAAAGAACCUCCCGCUGUCAAGUAUUAUGAGAACGGUAUCCGCAACACGCACGGAUAUGAAUCUCGUAACGGCGCUGCUCCACUUUACUCCGAAAGAAGGAGAAGUAACUAUAAGGUGACUGAAAAAGUUAGAGAUUAUUAAUUACCGUGAACCAUAUAAAUUUAUUUCUGCCAUAUUUUCCAUAUAACAUAUUUUUAUGUCACAGACUGAAAUGUUAAAUCACAUCACAUUAGAUUAAGUUUACGUCAUUAACUGCAUUCGUUAACAUUUUAUUGUUAAUUUAAUGUUAGUUGCUUCAUGUAAAAAGUCAUAGAGCUUUACUAAUUUUAUUUUAUCAGUAGUAAGUGGUCUAAUUCCGUCCAGAGGAAAAUUGAACGAUUAUUUUAUAAAAUUAUGCCUUAACAAAGGCUUGAUUACUUGUGAAUUAAAUAAUAAUUUUUAUAACAAGAUUUAAAAUCGACAUAAUUUUAAAAUAAGAA